UAAAAUUGACUAUGAAAUUGAACACAACGAAUGGCCGGAAUGGUCUUCCCCGUAUCCUCCAUAAACCCUAAUAGCAUUAAUCCAUUCAUUCUUGUUCCAUCAACACUAGCAAUGAAUCCCUUCAUGCUUUACCAACACCAAUCCCCAAUAUGAAGAAUCAAAAUCCAGUUGAAGUUCUUUUCACCAAAAAUGUUGCUUUUUGCGCGCAACAUCGGUGGCAGGGCCUCGCCCCGAGUAAGCUCCUUCUAUUCCUCACCCCUUCAAAACCCUUUUCCCCUUUUCUUCACUCCUUCGUUUCCCUCCUCUCAAAAUUCAAUUUUUGCACGCCCCAUGAUUUGGUUCACUAGCUUUCUGUGCGUUAUAAGAUACCCCUUUGUCUCAAAACCUUCUUUUGAUGACAUUGCAUCCGAAUCAAUGCGUAGUGCCUUGCAGAAAGACGGUCCCCACAUGUUUGAAUCAGCAUUGGCACCCAUUUGGGUGUCCAAGGCUUUGGUGAAAUUGAAAGGGGACCCAAAAUCAGCCCUGAAGUUCUUCAAGGAGGCCGGGGCUCGACCUGGGUUUCGCCACACCGCGGAGUCUUAUUGCAUUUUGGCUCACAUUUUAUUUUGUGGGGUGUUUUAUCUUGAUGCCAGAAGUGUAAUUAGGGAGUGGAUUUUGUUGGGGAGGGAAAUUCCGGGUUGUGAUUUUUUUGAUCUGUUGUGGUCGACCAGGAAUGUUUGUAGGCCUGGGUUUGGUGUGUUUGAUACUUUGUUUAGUGUUUUAGUAGAGUUGGGGAUGCUUGAGGAGGCUAGGCAAUGCUUUUGGAAGAUGAACAGGUUCAGGGUUCUGCCAAAAGUGAGGUCCUGUAAUGAGCUUCUUCACAGGCUUUCGAAAUCAGGCAAAGGGAAUUUGUCCUUUAGUUUUUUCAAGGACAUGGUUGUGGCUGGUCUUUCGCUCUCGGUUUUUACAUAUAAUAUAGUGAUAGGUUGUCUGGCCAGAGAAGGGGACUUAGAAACUGCCAGGAGUUUAUUUGAAGAAAUGAAAUGCAUGGGUCUUAGACCGGACGUUGUCACUUAUAAUUCUCUCAUUGAUGGGUAUGGAAAGGCAGGGUUAUUAACCGGGGCAGUUAUUGUAUUUGACGAAAUGAAAGAUGCAGGAUGUAAACCGGAUUUGAUAACAUACAAUUCUCUUAUUAAUUGUUUUUGUAAAUUUGAAAGAAUUCCUCAAGCUUUUGAGUAUCUGCACGAGAUGAAGAAAAGAGGGUUGCAACCAAAUGUUGUAACUUAUAGUACACUAAUUGAUGCAUUUUGCAAGGCGGGCAUGAUACUGGAAGCAAAUAAAUUUUUCAUUGACAUGAUACAUGUUGGUCUUCUACCCAAUGAAUUUACAUAUACAUCUCUGAUUGAUGCAAAUUGUAAAAUAGGUGAUCUCAAUGAAGCAUUUAAACUGGAAAGGGAGAUGCAGCAGGCUGGAGUUAACGUAAAUAUUGUCACCUACACGGCUUUACUGGAUGGUCUUUGUGAAGAUGGAAGAAUGAGAGAAGCAGAAGAAUUAUUUGGAGCAUUGUUGAAAGCUGGAUGGACUCUUAAUCAGCAGAUUUAUACUUGUCUUUUUCAUGGAUAUAUCAAGGCUAAGAUGAUAAAGAAUGCCAUGGAUAUUUUAGAGGAAAUGAACAAGAAAAACUUCAAACCAGAUCUGUUGCUCUAUGGAACUAAAAUAUGGGGCCUUUGCAGACAAAAUAAAAUACAAGAUUCUAAGGCUGUAAUUUGCGAGAUGAUGGAUUGUGGUCUGACUGCAAAUAGUUAUAUAUAUACCACCUUUAUGGAUGCAUAUUUUAAGGUUGGGGAAACCACGGAAGCUGUUAAUCUAUUGCAAGAGAUGCAAGAAUUAGGUAUCAAGACAACAGUGGUAACAUAUGGUGUACUAAUUGAUGGUUUAUGCAAAAAAGGUUUAGUUAAACAGGCUAUUAGUUACUUUGAACACAUGACUAGAACUGGUUUGCAACCUAAUAUUAUGAUUUAUACUGCUCUGAUUGAUGGCCUUUGUAAAAAUGAUUGUGUUGAAGAAGCCAAGAACCUAUUCAAUGAGAUGCUGGAUAAGGGAAUCAGUCCAGAUAAAUUAGUUUACACUUCUUUGAUUGAUGGGAACAUGAAGCAUGGAAAUCCUGAAGAAGCUUUGAGUUGGCGGGAUAGAAUGAUUGAAAUGGGUAUGGAGCUAGACCUGCAUGCUUACACAUCACUGAUUUGGGGUUUUUCUCGUUAUGGUCAAGUACAGCAGGCAAAGUCAUUGCUAGAUGAGAUGCUCAAGAAGGGCAUUAUUCCUGAUCAAGUUCUCUGUAUUCAUCUAUUGAGAAAAUAUUAUGAUCGAGGAGACAUCAAUGAAGCUCAGGCACUUCAUGAUGAUAUGAUGAGGAGGGGCCUUAUUGCUGGGACUGUUGACAUAAAAGUUCCUUCUGUACACACUUGAGUGGGAAAACAUGUUUUACAUACUUGGUUUAUUGUUCCUUAUUUGGUGGCCUGCAAUCUAGAUUACUUCAUUUUACACCAAAGUUCAAUAACGUAAUUGAAAUGAAUUUGAUGCAUCCUUAUCUAAUAGCAACUGGCUGUUUCAGUUGAUGCAUUCUCAUUCUCUAGGCACUCAAAUUUUUAUGAUAUAAAUCCUGCAGCUUCUGGGGCUUGCAUAUCACAUUCAUGUUCUCACGUGAUCAUCAAGACAGCCAUAACAUGAUGCUUUCCUGGUUUGAAAUCAAUUUGGCUAAUAUUAUAACUAGGAAGUUCACAAUUAUAGUGCCCUUACUUCCAGCUGUUGUUAAAAAAUUGCACAAGCUUAAUGCUUCCCAAUCAGAAAUUGAUUUUCACAACAGCAAAUCUUCAAUUGGCGGAUGCAGAGUUCAGCCAUAGUGGAUGCCCUCUCACCACUUAGACAUGCAAGUACAUUAUGAUCAGGUUGUUCUUUUGCUUGGAAGCUGAGGCAUUUUAUGCACCUGAUAUGGUCUCAUUUGUUUUGCUUCUAGAUGACAUUGGAUCCAAAAGGUCUAGAGCUAGAAAUUUGUGAAUCUUUCAAUGGGUGGACAGAUACAGGCUUCCCUUGUUCUCUUUCCAAUCUUGUUGCUAACAAAGAAAAAUACAAGAUCAGGUAUAUUUUUUGGCAUUAAAAAGUUUAGGCAGAGAAGAGGUUGUCUCAUUAUAGGGUUACUCAAAGGAUGACUUACUGUUGUCCUGACACUAAUAAAAGAUUACCAGCAUUCUCAGGUGUUUUGACCAGCCUUUGUAUCACAAAGAAUGAACAAUUAAAUGAAACAAUGCGCCAAAACAAUACCACUAUAUUAUUGGGGUAUGACAUGCAGUAUUUUGACACCUUUAAAUAUUUAAAUGGCAGCAUCAUGCCAUGUAUGUCAAUACUAUCAUGAAUCUGGCGCCCAUAUUCAAUGAAUGUGGAUACAUUUAAAAUCCUACAAUGAAGAUGCAGGAAAUGGGGGUACACAAGUUCAUAUGUAUAUUAGAUUUUUGUUAGCAUAAAGAAAUUCAGCGACAAUUUCUACUCAACUUUCGGUUUAACAAACAUUUCCAUCCAGAAAGCUCAUAUGAUGUGAGUGAUGGCAUCCAAAGAAAAAAUGGACCACAUGACGUUAAUGUGAGUUGUGGAAUCCAAAGAAAAAGUGUACAAGACCAACAAAAAAAAAUUAUAUGAUGAACAGUAUGAGUUCAGAUUAUUUUUCUUUUCCUUGUGUCUGCAAAAUAAUAGAACUGUACAAAAAAAAAUUAUACAUCAGAUUGCGACAUGUAUUCACCAAUAAUUCCCCUCUUCCCCAUUUCACCUGAAUCUGUCGGCGUUGUAUUUAUUUGCUUGGCUCUACUUUCAUCCAGGAUAAAGCCUUUCAGUUAGUGUUUAAAUAGGAAAUAUAACAAAUAUGCAAGUGUAAACACGUAGAAGAUAUAAAAUCAAGUUUCAUGUUUGGUUUGUUAGAAUGACUUCCAUACGAACGAUGGAAAUA